AUGGGACCGAUUGCCGUCGAGGAGAAGUGGUUUGGGGGUCGAGCAAAUUGGUGUCGCUACCUGCUGUCAGUGCUCAAAAUGUUAAGCUUCCUCCGCAACAACAAGAAAGAGCAUCUGCCCGCCCGGCAAACGGCGGACUCGUUUGAUUCGCCUCAUCCUAUGAGCGAGCAGCGAGGAGCUCCACUGACCGAGUACGCUCAGUCCCUCAACUCCGAAAUGUUCGAGAAAUCGUCGGACGACGAUCUUUGGAUCGAUGCUCGCGAUGGUUAUCAAGUCAUGGCUGCUCACCUCUGGAAGUCAUGCAACCGACGCAGCUUCUUUUCGGAAGAUCCAGAGAUUCCAAGUGGUGUCACUAUCCGCUUCGCCAAGGGCCGGUAUGUGGUCUGUCCCGCCGAAGAUGACAGGCUCUCGAAGUUUUGCCAUGCCGUUGCCAUCCUCAAUUGCGAGGCUGCCAUGACCAUCACAUCUCCUGUGGUCUCGGCUAUCUGCACCCGUCUGGCUCCGGGUACGGAGCAGAUACCUAUCACACCCUCUCAGCACAUUCAAGUCGUCGAGACCAUGGAGCAGCUCGCGGGAGCGAGGAAAGCUCAACACGCUUGCUUCAUUCGCCGAGAAAAUGCCGUGGUGGUCUGGUGCGACCAAGUCGAAAAGCUCGAAGAGCGAGCUCAAGACCUCGAGGGAAAGAUGAUCGAGUUUAUUUGGAAGAGCUCAGUCAAAGGCAACAGCGCUGGUAUGCCUCCUGCUCAAGGCACCGCAAGGGUCGCCGAAGAUUCCGUGGGUCGAUUCAACCAGAGCCAAGCGCGAAUUCGUUCUGCGUCUUCUCAUGGACACGGCAUCUCACUCCACGGCCACGGUGCCCUAACCCCAUCUAGCGAUCGCUCGGAUCCAUUUGGGGAUCGCCGUAUUGCUCAGGACUCGCCAGCAUCCUCUGCUUCUUCCGAUUCGCCCCGAUGGAUCGCCCCGAAUCCAAGCGAUCCCGAGAAGCAGCUGCAGCCCGAGACCGAAGUGAGACAAUCGAACUGCCAGGCUGCGCUCCAACAUGGACUGGCGGUCGGACUCGACAUCGUCUUGUGCUUUUUGUUCAUCUCAAGGCUCUUCCAAUACUCGCUCAUCGACGGCCAGUGGAAGCGCAUGGGCCUGGCGGCGGUCACCUUGUUGAUCUUUCCGGUCAUCCUGUUCUUCUGUGACAACGUCGUCGGAGUCAUCUUUCAAAUCCUGGCUCCCAUUCGUCAGCUCCACCAGAACUCUCGAUACUUCUCGGGCAAACCGCCUACCCGGAUCUCGGGUCAAUUGCCCCACAUUACCAUUCAGAUGCCGGUCUACAAGGAGUCGAUGGAAGGUGUGCUGAUUCCAACGAUCGAGUCAAUCAAGAAGGCCAUCAGUACCUACGAGCUCCAGGGUGGCACGGCAUCGAUCAUCGUCUCGGAGGACGGCAUACAGCUCAUCUCUGAGGAGCAAAGGGCUGUUCGAGAAGAUUUUUACGAGAUGAACAACAUCGGGUGGGUGGCCCGACCUGGGCACGGCACCGACGGGUUUGUGCGAAAGGGUCGCUUCAAGAAGGCCUCGAACCUCAACUUUACCUGUCACCUUUCCCUCGCUGUCGAAACGAUGAUGUCCGAGACACGACCUCAGACGCCAGGAGAGCUUGCCCUCUGGACUGAGGCCGAUGAGAACAACCUCUACGAGCGGUGUCUGGAGCAAUGUCUGCCAGAGCUUCAUCCACUCGCUCAAGCCAGAGGCAAUGUCCGCAUUGGCGACCUCAUUCUCUUGAUCGACUCCGACACGCGAGUACCAGAGGACUGCUUGCUCGAUGCCGCGUCUGAGAUGGUACAGUGCCCUGAAGUCGGUGUUCUGCAGCAUUGCUCGGGCGUAAUGAUCGUCUCGGACAGCUACUUUGAGCGAGGCAUCUCUUUCUUCACCCGACUCGUCAACUUCAGCAUCUCGUACGCAGUUGCGGCCGGAGACGUUGCACCUUUCAUGGGACACAACGCCUUCCUCCGCUGGUCAGCGAUGCAAGAGGCGUCGUUUGUCGACGAAGAAGACGGAGUUCGAAAGAUCUGGUCCGAAUCGCACGUUUCCGAGGACUUCGAUAUGGCUCUACGUCUGCUGAUGAGCGGCUACAUCACUCGAUGGGCCACUUAUUCAGACAAUGGCUUCCAGGAGGGCGUAUCCCUCACUUGCGAUGACGAGAUCAACAGAUGGCAGAAGUAUGCCUUCGGCUGCUCUGAGCUCGUCUUCCACCGUAUCUGGCAGUGGCCGUUCCGCAGUCCCUUGACAAAGCUCUUCAGGACCUUCUUGGGGUGCAGCGCCCCCAUCCACUACAAGUUUUCGGCGAGUUCCUACAUUUUCUCCUACUACGCUAUCGCCUGCGCUUUCCCUAUGGCACUUGCUCUCUACUUUGUCCAAGGAUGGCUCGAUCCCGUGCUGGUCCCGGCCUUCUUGCCGCCUUUCCAGAUUUGGGUUGCGGUGGUCGUCGUCUUCACGGCAGGAGGAAAUGUAGCUCAGGUUGUGGCUCGGUACCGUUCCAAAGCUGGAGGUCUCUUCAGACUCAUUAAGGAGCACGUCAUCUGGAUGCCCUAUAUGUUCAUCUUCUUCGGUGGAAUAUCUUACCACGUCUUGACAGCCCUCCUGUCACAUCCCGUGGGGAUCAACAUGACCUGGGGUGCUACCAUCAAGGACUUGGACGACAGCAACUUCUUCAUCGAGGUGCCGCUCAUUUUCAAAAAGUUCUGGAAGGUCCUUGUGCUUGCCGGUGCCACCAUCGCCACUGUGAUAGUGAUGCAGUUGCCGGACGUUGUUCCGCUCCAGUGGCAGAUUCAGGGAUUCUUCAUCUACUGGCCGGUUCUUCUCUUGGCGAUCUUGCACAUCCUCUACCCCAUCGUGCUCAAUCCCGCGCUCCUCCGAUUCUCGUUCUGA